GUACCAGGAAGUAGAUUAACAAGAAAACAUCCCUGAAAGUAGCACUUUCCUAGCCUAAUUCUUGGGUCCAAUGUGAGUGAUUUUGUUUCAGGUUAUACAUUUAAAACAAAAUGUUUCGCUUCGCCCAUGGUGUUUUUAUCUUAUUCGGCCUCAGCGGCCUGCUGUUACCAUGUAGUGGAACAGUAUAUCCACCAGCAAACGGGGCGAGGUUCACUCUUUUAAAAGGAUCAACUGCGAGAAUAUCAUGGAGAUUUGAUGGUGUAGGGACAAUUAAUGCUCGAUCUUGGUAUUUUCAAAGUAUUGACGCGUCACGAGAAGAAACAAUUGCAUUACUUCCUCGAAACAAUGUCUCUGAUAUACCACACAGCAGCUUACCUCGUGUAAAUGUAGAGGCACCAGCAACUCUGAUUUUACAAAACGUAACUGAGAAAUAUAAUGGAACGUACAGGUUUGAACUUUCCGCCGCUGGUGGAGGCGAUUCUAGCAUCGUGGUUUAUAUUGCAGUUACGGCAUCAGUGUCAGUCGGUUGUUUUCAUUACAACACAGUGAAUACAAGCGAUGAAUUUUCGUGUGUAUGCAGAGGGGAAGGUGGGAACCCCCCUGCAAAGAUCACGUGGUAUAAAGGAAACAAAAUUAUGGCCACAGGAAUUGUAGAAGCAAAAUUAAAACUCUCAAACGUUGAUAAAGACGACAGCGGAAACUACACGUGUGUUGCUGAAAGCCAUGAGAAGGCAAAAAAUGAAACAGAAAUUGAGUUGAUUGUCAAUUAUCCACCUAAAGGUACACGUUUAAAAUUUGAUUUUGAUAAUGAAACAUCAGUUACCAUAAUAUGCGAGGCUGAUGCUCUUCCUCCACCAAAGUAUGAAAUAUAUUUCAACGGAACUACUCGGCUUCGUGGGAAAAAGACGUAUAAGAUUGAUAAAGUGACGAGUAAUUUUGUUGGAAAGUAUACGUGUGUCGCAUGGAACUUGCUUGGACGAAGUUUUUCAUCUUCCCGUUUUUUACCUGUCCAAAGUAAGAUUAUAAACCUUAAACUAAUAAAUCGAAUUAAACAAUUUCCGGAUCAUUUUAGAAGGGAGAAGAGAAGAGAAGCGAGAAAUGUGAAAACAAAUUGAAUAAGGUCUUGUU